UGUCUGUUGCAUCAUUUCUUUACCUUGGACAAGACCGUCUUCCAGUCUCCAGUUUAGGAAGAAUGGCUGCACGUGAGGAUGAAUAUGUGUACAGAAUCAGCACAGCCAAGGAGUGGGAACAGUUGCAGAGCUCUGGGUCUAGUUUCUGUGGAGAGCUUGACAAGACCUCUGGGUUCAUUCAUCUUAGCAAACUCAAUCAGGUACAGUUGACAUUGCAGAAUUUUUUCCUGAAUACUAAGGUGGAUCUUUACUUGCUUCAAGUUGACACCAAAAAGCUGGGCGAAGGAUUAAUAUAUGAAGUUGUUGAUGGUUCCAAUAGCUUCCCUCAUUUCUACGGUCCAUCUGGAAGUUUCAGCCCCCUUCCUCUUGACGCUGUUACAAAAGCAGAGAAGCUGUCUCUGUCAGAUGGCCGAUUCAGUUGUAGUAUGCUGGAAUCAGCCGCUUAAGCUCUGAUUUGGUUUUCUUUCAUCCCAACUGCUGCAUUGUUAUGUUAUGGAGACAUUAAAAAAAACUCGCGGAUCAAACCGCAAACUUGCUAAUCAUACCACAUUCUGUAAAAGGAAAACUUGGAACGUUUAAUUUAAUUUUUUUCUUAUUCAUAAUCGCACAUACAUGAUACAAGAUUAUAUAUUAGGGGUUUUAGUGAAUCUAAUUAACGAACUUGAAGCAGAAA